GGACCACGCAACUGGUUACUCUUGCGCACAUCAUGUUCGUAUUUAGAAAACCUUGAGUUCUUUAUUUAAAAUUUUUAAUUCCAAACUUCAGACCAGUAUUAGAGUAAAUUUUAGUGUUGAAAUGGAACAGUGUUAUCUUUAAAUAAAUAAUUUACAAAAAUGUGGUUGAUUAGUAAAGUAGGAGUGAGACAGCUAGUGCGAUGGAAGGAGUGUUGUAUUUUUAAUAGAGUUAAAUACCAUUCUGGACUGGGAAUCUUCGGACAUCGACCGCGAACUGUGAAUGAGAAUGAAACUCCUAAAGACGUAUUGGUCCGCCGAUAUGAGAACAGUCGAGCUGCGGCGCUAGUUGAUGCUUAUCGCAGACAUGGACAUUUAAAAGCAAGCAUUGAUAAUGUGGAUUUCAGAAAUGAGCAACGAAUCGUAAAAGAGCUGAAUCUAGAACGGUACGGUUUAAAAACAGGUGAUCCUGUGGACUUUGGACUUCUGUAUGGAUACAAUGGGCAAAAGGCAGUGGGUGAUUUAAUACAAGAAUUGGAACUAAUCUACUGUGGAAAUAUUUCUUACGAAUUCACGCAUUUGGAGUCAGAAACUGAACGAGAAUGGUUCGCACAACGUGUUGAAGGAACACCAGAUCCAAUCGACAUGGAUAGACGAAGAGAAAUUGCCGCGGAGCUUCUACGGGGUCAAGCUUGGGAGAAGUUUUUAGCUGUCAAGCUCCCAGCUGUUAAAAGAUUCAGUGGCGAGGGCGCUGAAUCGUUACUUACAAUAUUUUCUACGCUGUUUAGACUUACUUCUGCUGAAAACAUCGAAUAUGUAACCUUGGCCCUGCCACAUCGCGGGAAGCUGAGCGCAAUGGUGACACUCCUCAAAUGUCCCCCGGUGAAACUAUUUCAUAAAUUCAGUGGCCGGAUGGAGUUUCCUGAAGAGACGGGCGCCUCGUGUGACAUUGCCUUACACUUCAGUCUCUCGUCGGAUAUUAAUGUAAACAACAAGACCGUCCGGUUUUCUAUGGUCAACAACCCAUCUCAUUUGGAGAUAGCAAAUCCGGUGUCAAUGGGUAAAGCAAGGUCAAAGCAGUUACAACUUUUAGAAGGAGAUUACUCUCCUCAUGAAUCGUCCAGACUUGGAGACAAGGUCUUCAAUGUGCAGUUUCAUGGCGAUGCUGCUUUUGCUGGACAAGGAGUGAAUCAAGAAAGUCUAAUGAUGUCUCAAGCACCACAUUUUGAUAUCGGAGGCUCGUUCCACGUUGUUGUUAAUAACCAAGUAGGUUUCACACUACCAGCAGAUCGUCGAGGGUCGUCACGUUAUGUUACUGAUGUAGCUAAAAUGAUCGCUGCUCCUGUGAUCCACGUCAAUGCUGAUUAUCCAGAGUUGGUAGCAAAAGCAACAAAUAUAGCAUUCGAAUACCGCCAGAAGUUCCGCAAAGACGUAUUUAUAGACUAUAAUUGUUACCGGCGCUGGGGACACAAUGAGAUGGAUGAGCCUACCUUCACUAGCCCACUGCUUUAUAGACUUAUACAGAGUCGCAAAUCCAUAACAGACCUUUACGCAGAAAAAUUAAUACACGAAGGAAUAUUAAAAGAAGAUGAUGUCAAAUACGUUAUAGCAGAAUACACUGCCUUCUUGCAAAAGGAACUUGACGCUUCAUCAACGUAUAAACCGGAGGUAUCAUAUUUUCAAGACCAGUGGUCGAAAAUAGGACCGGCACCAAAAGCGGUGGAAACCUGGGACACAGGUUUCGAUACUGAAGAACUGAAGAUGGUUGGAAGAGUUUCUGUUACAUAUCCUUCUGAUUUCAACAUCCACACACAUUUAGCAAGGACUCACGUAAAAAAUCGACUCAAGAAAUUAUCUGACGAAAAGAAUCUUGAUUGGGCUACAGCAGAGGCCUUGGCUUUUGGGUCACUUCUUCUGGAAGGUCGACACGUCAGAAUUAGUGGCGAGGAUGUCGGCAGAGGAACCUUCUCUCACCGACACGUGAUGCUGGUGGACCAACAAAACAAUAAACUACACAUUCCUCUCAAUCAUAUAAAAGAAGAUCAAAAAGCGUUCUUAGAGGUAUAG